CUUCCGCGGGGAGCCGCGAUCCCGGAAGGGAGAAGGGGAAGUGCGAGCCGAGCCGAGCCGAGCCGGGCGGGGCGGGGCGGGGCGAGACGAGACGAGACACUAGGACUUUUGGCCGAGGAACCCGGGUGUCCGAGCCCCGCCGACCGAGGAACCCGGGCGUCCGAGCUCUCUCCCCCGCCGACCGAGGAACCCGGGCGUCCGAGCCCCGCCCCCCCCCCCGCCGACCGAGGAACCCGGGCGUCCGAGCUCUCCCCCGCCCCCGCGCCGGGCCGGGACCUGCCAGGUUGAAUGAACGGGACCCGGCAGCGCCGGAGCUGCGAGAUGGUGCAGCCAAGUGGGGGCCCUGGUGGCGACUGUGGAGCCCUGGGCGAGGACUCGUCCCUGGGCAAGGUGGCAGCCUGGCAGCUGCCCUCUGACCUGGCCGGGCAUGAGGCCCUGCAGCGCUUCCUGGCCGAGAACCAGGACCUGAAGGAGGCCAUUCGGCAGAGUAACCAGAUGCUGCGGCAGCGCUACCAGGAGUUCCUGUGCUUCCAGGCCGCACAGCGUGAGGAGAAGGAGUUCCUGAUGCUCCGUUUUCGGGAGGCCCGGGAUGUGGUGGAGAAGCUGAAUGCUGAGCGGACCGAGAUGAAGUGCCAACUGGAGCAGGCCCUCUGGGAGGUGGAGCAGCUCAGGGGAAGACAGCAGCCGAGCGCCUUGGAGAAGGAGAUCCCUGAGCCAGAGGAGGCGGACACUAUGACCCUGACCCAGGAGUUGGCUGAGCCUCUGAUGGCGCCUGGCCCGGAGAACCUGCAGCUGCUGAAGGAGCAGCUGGAGCAGCUCCAGGAGGUCAACCGGGCUCUGCAGGCCCAGAUCCAGCAGCAGGUGCAGCCCCCAGGAGAGGCUGGUGUGAGGGUCAAGGAGAAUGGGGUCCAGCUGGAGAGGCCGGUGGAGCUGGAGGCCCUGCAGGGCGGCGGGGACAGCGGACCCAGCAGCAGGCGGGAUGCAGGCGAGCUGCUGCAGAGGAGGCUGAAGGAGACAGAGGAGGAGAGAGUGGGACUGAAGCAGCAGCUGGCAUUGGUGCGGGAGGAGAUGGCCAAGCUGGGAACCAGGGCACAGGAGGCUGAGCAGCAGGCUGAGCAGCAGCUUCAGGCCCUGAGGAAACAGCUGGAGCAGCUGACGGAGGACAGGACCUCGGUGAAAGCCCAGGUGACCUCACUGCUGGGGGAGUUGCAGGAGAGCCAGAGCCGGCUGGAGACCUGUAUGCUGGAGAAACGGGAUCUGGAGGAGAAAGCACAGGCUGCUACCGAGCGGUGCUGCAGGCUGGAGCAGGAGGCUGAGGCGCUGCACAAGCAGCACAGCGUGCAGAUGGACCAGCUGCGCAUGCAGGCCCAGAACCUGGAGACAGCGCUGCGGGUGGAGAGACAGGGCGCAACAGAGGAGAAGAGGAAGCUGGCCCAGCUGCAGGCAGCCUAUCACCAGCUCUUUCAGGAUUACGACGGGCACGUGAAAUCCAGCCUAGAGAGCGAGAAGAGGAGCCAGGGCAUGGAGCUGCACCUGGAGGAGCUGCAGCAGCAGCUGCAGCAGGCUGAGGAGGCACUGGUGGCCAAGCAGGAGCUGAUUGACAAGUUGAAGGAGGACAUGGAGCAGCACAAGGCUAUGCUGGAGACCAUCCCUGUGCUGAAGGCCCAGGCCGAUAUCUACAAGGCGGAUUUCCUAGCGGAGCGCGAGGCCCGGGAGAAGCUGCACGAGCAGCGCGAGGAUCUGAAGGAACAGUUUGAGCAGCUACGGCGGGACUAUGACAAGCUGAAGGCAGAUGCUAAUGGAGCCACCUGGACUCUGAUGGAGGAGAUGAGGAACCGCCAUUCGGAGGGGCGCCCACCUGUUCCCCAACCAGUUUACAACAUGGCUCCAGUACCUUUCCAACCCCUGCCAGCUGCAGGGUGCAGGCAAAGUAUCCACGAGGAGCAGCCGGAUUUCUGCUGUCCUAAGUGCCAGUACCAAGCUCCGGACAUGGAUACCCUGCAGAUCCAUGUGAUGGACUGUAUCAAGUGAUGCCCAUGAAGGAGGAGGAGGCUGGAUGCGAGGGGGGUGCCCAGCCUGCUCCACUCUUUGCUUUCCCCCCAUGGCACUUGCUGUUCUGUGACACAAUGCUGCAGCCUGGGUUCACAGCUGUCUUGAGCCAGUUGGAAUGGACAGUGGGUACCAUGGGGGAGGAUGGGGUUUGCACCAUUGUCUCUGCCUUAUGUGAAACUGAAUGUACCUGAUCUGCUGUAAUUCAGGGAUUUGACAAUCUGUAGAGACUAACAGAUUAGUGGUGGGGAGCAGGGGUCCUGAAAGCUACUGAACCAAACUUUAAACCCUGUGUAUAAUGGAAACCCCUUCAAGCUGGGCAGCACUUGGGGGAGGGGCAAAGAGGGGUGGCAGGAACAUUUCACUGUUCAUCUCCCUUUUAAGCAUUUGCAGAGUGUGGUGAAGACAGAUUCCCCUGCUCAGUUUCAGGCUAUCGCAGCAUCUCUGCUUUCCUUCUACACUGUGCUCUGGUUAUUUAACAUUAUGGUCCAUGUGCUGCUCCCAAAGUCAGACUCUUGCCUUAAAGUAAAUUCUACUGAAACUUAAUGCAGAGGGAGGAGAGUUGUGUUUAUGGAUAUUGCUGUAUUAAGCCCCCUUCCUGGUGUUGCUAAAGCAUCCACAACAUGGAGAAUCUUCCCCUUUUCUAAAUACCUGGUAUUUUCUUUUUGUUAAAGUGCUUAUACACUGAGCUAGAUUCACACAAUCACCAGGUCUGCCUUCCUUUACCAUGGAACAACAGAAAUAUCCAAAACACAAGAGCUGGCACUAAUGAGGGGAGGGGGGAAGACAAGAUGGCAAAUAAAAUUCAAUGUUGAUUAAUCCCAAGGGCAGCUGUUUUACAUACACACGGUGUGUAGCAAGCACUAUGCUUUCUAAGGAGAAUUUGUUUGCAUUUAUGGAUCAUCUGGCAACUGGGCCCCCUUCAGGGCUGCCUCCAGGGGUUUUGCCACCCCAAGCAGCUCCCCCCACCCCAAAAAAAGCUGCAAGUGCGAUCUGUGGCAAUUCAGCGGGAGGUCUGCUGAAUUGCCGGCACAAGCAUGUGCUUGCUGAGCUGGCCCUGGCCCCCUUAUUGUUUAAGCACCAGAUCAGGGCAGACAGUAGGGGGUCUGGGUCACUUGUGUCAAUCCUUAGUCCACUACUAUUCAAGUCUUGUGAAAUAGUGAAUAAGCUGCCACUAUGCUCCAUCUACACACACUGUUGAGGCCUGAGUGGGAGUGCUGCCACCAGUUCUGGCAGAAAAUUUCCAGUUUAAUUGCUCUCUUUGAAAAGGUUAUGAACACUGGUCACUUUUGGAAGUACUUUUUAAAUUAACCUUAAAAAAGUAAAAUUAGGAAGCUACCAA